AUGUCUCUCAGUCGCGAGUGGUACGUCGGCAAAGGAAACUACGACUCAAGGCAAGCGGCUAAUAACCCAGAUGAUCUUGCAAAGCAACUCGCACUGGUUGCGUCCAUGAACCGCCGGUUUGACAAAUUCGGCCAAUUGAUGGGACGGGCAAAAAGCACUUUGGAGCAUCAUGUCACUGGAGGGAAUAUGGUACACUUCAUCUUGAUUGAACAAGACUUGAGGACAGAUAAUAUCAUAGAUGCUGUUGCGCCAAGGUGCCUGUGUAAUGAUAUAUCGCUGGAGGUGAAUUAUACUUGGGUUGAUCUUCUCUCGACCAAAAUGACUUUCAAGUACCUGACGAUGCUCUUCACGAAGCAACCAAUCACAAGGCAUUGA